AUGCAGGAAAGGCCAAGUAGGAAAGUUUUGCAUCUGCCCUGGCUAUGCGCUACAUUCGGGGCCAAUCAUCAAUCUAAUAAUAAGAUUACUAGCUUCCUUCUCGCUCUGGCAAUAAAAACACCAAAAGGAGUGUCACGACAGACCGAUAGGAGAGGCGGUCGGUCAAUCACACAUCGAGCGAGUUUGUGGCCCAUUGGAAGGUUCGCGUGUGUUCGGGCUGCCAAUCAGCCUCCACGUCCGCGCGUGUGUUUGUCUGGGUGCUGGGCGCAACGUGCGAUAACGGAUCGAGUGAUCAGUCUUGUCCGAGCCGCCCAACUACUCGGAACUCGUCGGGAGCUUCGCUCCAUCGGCUUCGUGAUGCAGCUGCUAGGUGUAGUUAUUGGCGUAGUCGUAGCGGCACUACUCUGUCCGCUGCCGAUCCGAGCCAGUCCUACCCGGGAAUGUCCACCGGAUCCCUCACAGGAAGCAGCGGCCGUCGCAACCGGCUGGCUGCCGAGAACUCCGGAACAAACGCUGUACGCUUACGUGCGCUGCCUAAACGACUCAUCGGCCAGCAUCGAGAUGAAGAUACGGUGGGUGAUGUGGCAACCGGACACUUCGCCCGAGAGCCAGUGUUACGUGAAGUGCGUCAGUGAGAACCUCCGUCUGUACGAUCCGGCGCGACGUCAGUUUGCGCCGGAGCGGUUCGAGCAGCAAGCCCGUGCUUUCCACGAUGAACCGGAAGCGCCGGAAAUGCGCCAGAUGUACGACGAUGCCCGUCGUCUGCUGGUGGGCGAGCUGGCGGACAGUGAGUGCGGCACGGUGUUCACCAAGUACGCCCCGUUCUACGCGACCCACCAGGAGCACAUCCUGGCCAUCUUUCACGGUGAUCUGCGCAAGAUCCUCGCCACGUACCGGCGGCUCGGGACGCACGUGAAGCAGAUCGGCCAAAGCUUCGUCGAAUACUGCGAGAAGCGGUACGGAUUCCGGUGGGCCGAGCAGGUCCAGUUCACCUGCCCGAACCGGACCGCCGUCGACUGUGUGCUCCGCGGGUUCCGCUGGAUCACGGAAGAGGGCGCUGUCAAUGUCGCCGAGAUCGUGCGUGAUUUCCAGAAUGCCGGACAACCGGUGGACGAACUUGAGAAGUGCGCCGACCCCGACCAGCUGUACGUGUGUUUGCGAGCACACGAUUCGAUGGCCCUUGCGAUCGUAAUACACCAACGAAACGCACAGACUGAGUACUACUUCGACCAGACGUCCCAGGAGGAGCCGUGGAAGUCGGCGGUGCAGUACGGGAACUCGCGCCUGCAUGAAGAGUCAUAACCGGCGAAGAAUUCAUGUUGAAGCAUCCAGCAGUCAUCUUUUCCGCUCCCAGUCAUUAACGAUCCAGAUCAUCUAUCGAUUUCGAUUACCAAUAAAUCAGUUCAUCUGUAACGUAGCCAUCGCA